AUGAAAGCUGGCUUCGUCGGUAAUUGUGAUAAUCUCUUCGCUUAUGGCUACAACCAGAGAGCACUAUCAUCAAUUUAUACUUACAGUGAUCAUAUAAAGGCUGCGACUUCAAAGCGCUUUUACGGUGGUGUGACGGGUGGCAGAACAAUAGCUAUAAUAAAGACUACGACGUAUCGGCGACGACGAGCAAUGCACGCAGAAAAACUGACAGCAUCGACUUAA